AUGGGGCCCCCAGGCAAUAGGGGAUCAUGGGGCCCCUGUGUCCUUGCCCAAACUCAAAAAAGCCUAUGAAAAAGUAACAAUCUUUUUUUUGCUAGAAAAUCUCUUAGAACCGCCAAAAUUAUACUUUUUUUUUAAAGCAGAAUAACUAUGUGUCACAAAUUCCACAUAGAUCAGUGCAGGGGCGGACUGACAACUCAUGGGGCCCCCGGGCAAUAGGGAUCAUGGGGCCCCUGUGUCCUUGCCCAAACUCAAAAAAGCCUAUGAAAAAGGUACCAGGGGCAUCUCAUGGGGCCCCCUACUGACCCCAGGCCCUCGGGCAGUGCCCGAGUUUCCAAAUGGUCAGUCCACCCCU